CCACCGCGCUCUCCGUGCCAGCCGCGAGGCCUCCCGGAGCUCGGCCCGAGCAGCCAGCGCCCGAGCCCGCAGUGCUCACUCCCCGGACUGUCGACAACAGCGGGCGGCGCCGACGCCGGGGCGCGAGGCACCGCUGGCCAUGACCGCCGAGAGCGGGCCGCCCCUGGGCCCGCCGCAGCCCGAGGCGCUGGCUGCAGUGAAAGAGGAGCGCGGCGACGCGGCGGUGGCCGGCCCCGGGGGCGCGGGUGAGGCGGCGGGACGCGGCUCAGGUGGGCGCAGGCGCAAGCGCCCCCUGCAGCGCGGGAAGCCGCCCUACAGCUACAUCGCGCUCAUCGCCAUGGCCAUCGCGCACGCGCCCGAGCGCCGCCUGACGCUGGGCGGCAUCUACAAGUUCAUCACCGAGCGCUUCCCCUUCUACCGCGACAACCCCAAGAAGUGGCAGAACAGCAUCCGCCACAACCUUACGCUCAACGACUGCUUCCUCAAGAUCCCGCGUGAGGCCGGCCGCCCGGGCAAGGGCAACUACUGGGCGCUCGACCCGAACGCCGAGGACAUGUUCGAGAAUGGUGCCUUUCUUAAAGUGAGAGCAGGUUUUCAAGAGAAGUUGCUUUAAAAUAAAAAAAAAUAAAAUAAAAUAAAGCUGAUUGAUCUGAGCUGGUUU